AGUUGCAAAUCGGCAUUUCCAGCGUGUGGUUCUCUAAGUUCGAUCUAAGCUAAAAUGGCCAAGGAUAAUUUGACGGCAGUGCUGUACGGCAUCGAGGACAUGCGAUUGGAACAACGUCCUAUUCCAGAAAUAGCAGAUGAUGAGGUUCUUUUAGCCAUGGACAGUGUCGGCAUCUGCGGCUCUGAUGUGCACUACCUUGCCCACGGAAGAAUCGGUGACUUCGUGCUCACCAAGCCGAUGGUGAUUGGCCACGAAUCCGCCGGCGUGGUGACCAAGCUGGGCAAGAAGGUGACCACCCUGAAGGUGGGUGACAGGGUUGCCAUCGAGCCGGGAGUACCCUGCCGCUACUGCGACCACUGCAAGCAGGGCCAGUACAACCUCUGCCCCGGAAUGGUCUUCUGCGCCACCCCCUACGAUGGAAACCUCACCCGCUUCUACAAGCACCCGGCGGACUUCUGCUUCAAGCUGCCCGACCACGUCUCCAUGGAGGAGGGCGCCCUGCUCGAGCCGCUCUCGGUGGGCGUGCACGCCUGCAAGCGGGCGGAGGUCUCCCUCGGCUCCAAGGUCCUCAUCCUGGGAGCAGGACCCAUCGGCCUGGUCACUCUGAUGGCUGCUCAGGCCAUGGGUGCAUCAGAGAUCCUGAUCACGGACUUGCUGCAGCAGCGCCUCGAUGUGGCCAAGGAGCUGGGCGCCACCCACACGCUUCUGCUGAAGCGGGACCAGACCGCCGAGGAGACGGCGGAGCUCGUCCGCAAAACAUUGGGCACUUCUCCGGACAAGGCGAUCGAUUGCUGCGGUGCAGAGAGCAGCGCCCGCUUGGCCAUUUUUGCCACUCGAUCCGGUGGAGUGGUGGUGGUGGUGGGCAUGGGAGCCGCUGAGGUGAAGCUUCCAUUGAUUAAUGCCCUGGCCCGCGAAGUGGAUCUCCGUGGCGUUUUCCGCUACUGCAACGACUAUGCCGCCGCCUUGGCCUUGGUGGCCUCUGGAAAGGUGAACGUGAAGCGGCUGGUGACCCACCACUUCGACAUCAAGGACACGGCAAAGGCGUUCGAAACCUCGCGAAAGGGUCUGGGUGGCGCCAUCAAGGUGAUGAUCCACGUGCAGCCCAGGGACGCCAACAACCCUCGCAAAUUCUAAACUCAUGUAUAAAUAUAGCCUAUAAUCGAUAAAUAUAGCCUAGAAAACACAGCAA